CGAUGGAAAUCUUGAACAUGUCUCAGCAUUAACAAGGGGAGGUAGUCAACAAGAAAAUCCUACUGAUUCUCUGGAUCAAGAAUUUUCUCAAGAAACACCUACUCCAAAUAUUAUUUUUAACCAUUCAACGUUUAAUAACUGCACUUUUAACUAUUAUUAUUAA